CGAAGGCGUCUUCUCUGUAUAUAGGGAAGUUUUGUUAAGAGCCUUAGCUUGCGCUUGGUCUGAACAUUAAAACGCGUCACUUGCGGUAUGGUUUUGGAAGCAUAAUGACCUCGGCGAAUUUUUAUUUAUUUUUUAAACACACCUUUAUAGGGUUAGUACUCCCACACGGCCAUAUAACCAUGUUACAGCGCGUUUACGGAAAACAGACGGAAGACAGUCGACUACCUGCGCUAAUUAGCGAUCUGAAUCUCACCUGUGUGUAAAUAGAAGAUGGACGCCACAAACGUGUGUCACUGAAAAAUACUGUCAGCUGCAACUGUGUUUAAAAAAAACGGUUAAAACAGUGUACAGGUCUGUCUGUACUCUGGCCGGCCCUGAGGGCAAUGAGGCCGUGACUGCCCUUCUGCAGCAGCCAUGACAGAGCUGGAGAUUGAUCAGUCCCACCUGCCAAGGGUCCAGGAAGUGUGCCAUGUUUUUGCUGUCCUGGAGGAUGGAGCAUUGGCACAAAACCUACAGGAACAGGAAAUUGAGCAGUACUACACCACCAACAUUCAGAAGAACCAGCUGGUGCAGAAUGACAUCCGCAUCGCCAAGAGGCUGCAGGAUGAGGAGGAGGAACAGAGAGCUCAGCACAGAGCCCUGAGCCAGGCGUCUAGACAACUUGAGGAACAGGAUUCGAAGUAUGCCCGGAUGAUCCAGGAGGAGAUCCAGAGAUGUGCUGAUGAGGAGGCUCAGAGGACGGAGCAGGAGGAUGAGGAAAUGGCUAAACACAUCCAGGAAGAGGAGGAGCUGAGGGUCAGACAGAGGAGCAGUGGGCAGGAAAGCCUCUGUGAUGGAGCCGCGCUGCAGCCGGAGGAGGGGGUGUGUCUGGACCUGGGGGAACUGCACCAGGUGUUGCUGGAUGAGGAGCUGGCCAGGAGGCUGCAGGAGGAGGAGGAGAAGCUGUUGACUAGGAGCCCUCCAGCCCCUUCUUCCCUCUCUCAACAUGACUCCUACCCAGAGGGAGACUUCAGAGUUGCGCAAGUGGCUCAGGAUGAGGAAAUCGCCCGCUUCAUGCACAAACAGGAAAUACAGUCGAAGUGCCAGUCACGUGACCUUAAUGGCCCGGGGUCACGACGUGAACAGCAUGACCUGGCUGACCCCCACAACAGGAGAACAGUCAGAGAGAGACCGAUUCAGCGGGAGAGACUGGACUCCGAGGGCCUUCCAUCUCCUACUGAGGAGUGUUCUCCAGACUAUCAGGCCCCUAGCCCCACCUCAACACUAUCACAACAGCCAAUCAGAAACAUUGCAGAGGAACUGGACCCAACUUUCAAGACCAAGAGACCAGGCAAGGGGAGCAUCAGAGUGGGACAGACCAUUUCUGGCCCAUCCUCCUGUCAGUCUCAUCCAAUCCCCCACUCUGGCUUACAUGACUUCAUGGAGGAGCCUACCUUCAUCCCGCCCACCAAGAGGCAAAGCGCCAAAUCAGAACGCGACAAAUCCAAAAAGAAGGAGAACUGUAAGCAGCAGUGAUGUCACAGUUAGAGAUACUGGGCCUGGGUGUACAGGGAACAACCCCUCACCCCCCCAUAUCCACUUACACCCCCCACACUACUUAACCUGGUCCCAAGAGGACUAUCUCCAGAUACUUGUAUUAUUAUUUAGUUGUCCCAACUAGCACUUUAACCAGUUAAGAAAUACAGUUGGAGAUUUUGUUUUUGUUUAAAUUACUGGUGUAGAUAAGACAACAAUUUGGGUUCGUAUAACCUAAUAUAAUUAACAAAGGGAAGAAUUAUAGUUGACCUGCCAAUUAUUGUCUUUUGUGUUGAUGAGAGAAGGUUAAUAUCAAUCACUAUAUGUUUGAUUGUUACUUUUAUUUGUGUUUUAUUAUUUAUUAUUAUUAAAGGGAUACUUCAAGAUUUUG